CAACUUCGGGCGGAUUGCAAUUUGUCGAUAGCUAGCUCCAUUCACCAGGUGCCAAAGGUGUCACCAGGUUGGCUCCGAAUUCACCGGGCCCAGUGCUCCAUUGGGAGCGAGGUGCCCUUGCAUUGAUUCUCAGGAUGCGGCCAACGUUGCUGCAGCUUCUGCAGCUUGGACUACUCUCACAAUGUCUCUCACAGGUUCGAUCUGAGGCAGAGUGCCCGAGCAAUGCAGGGAGGCUCUCCCUCCGGGAAGCUCGGAGUCCGUUGACCGAGCUUCACGGCCGGGACGAGGCCAAGGCAAUGAUGCGCGAAGCAGUGACACUGCCGUUGCGCAUGGCUGAUGUUUUAGACUUCGAGCGGAUUUUCUGGCGCUCCGCCGAGCGCAAAGCCUUGCUGGUGUCGGGCCCGGCGGGCUGUGGCAAGCGCGCGCUGGCAGAGGCAGCAGCAGCUGAGGCGGGCGCGCAGGUUUUGCACCUUGCCGCACGUGAUGCCAAGACAUCGGACUUCUGCAGGACUGCUUUAUCCACAUCUUCCACAUCAAAGAAGCCUGUCAUGGUGCUGAUCGAGGGAUUAGAGAUGGAGCCAGAGGCAGCUUCCACAAUUGGCCACUGCCUCACGGAGGUUGCCAGGGAGCACCAACGCAUUGCCUUCGUUGCAAGCGCCAGUUCUGAACCAAGCAGCUUCCUUCAUCCAAUUGAGCUCUUCCCCUUUGGCUGGGUGCUGCAAAUCCCAGCGCCUGGCCAGGCAGAGCGGAAACAAUUUCUGUUGAAGCUGCUGGCACAAGUCUCCCGUGUGGAUGCGGUAUGGGGAUCAGCCUUGAGAGAAUCGGCAGUGGACACAUUGGCCAACCUCACGGAGAACUACACCUUCGCAGAGAUGGACUUUGUCGUCCGGCGGGCCUUCCUGCGAAGUAGCAACGAAGAGGGAGGCCGAGAUCCUGUCGCCCUGCACCAUUUCGAGAAAAUCUUGGCAGAGACGCCAGCUCAGAGUCUCAGAGCCUAUGAGCAAGGCUUCUCUGGUCGAAGACCCGUGGCCUUCAUGACUGACACAGCGAGUGUCAGCGAAGACCCAAAGAAAGAGAAGAAGUCAGCGCCGAAAAAGAAGAAGGAUGGCAAGGAUCCGAUGGAGAGCAUUUUUGGAUGGUGCAAUUUCUGGCUUCCAGAAGCCUUUCAUCUCCCUCCUGUGAUCUGGGCGAUGAUCCUCUUCGGUCUUCUGGCACAUUUGAUGGCGAAGACCACGUACCAGCCCUACAGUGGUCGUCGAAAACGUGGCCGGCACACCUCAGUCGGUCCGACUGGGACGGACCGCCUUCAUCGACGUCUUUUCGCCUUUGGGAGACGUCCAACAGCCACGGGUUGGAUGCGAAAGGACGCUUGUGCUGGAUAUGAACAGAUGUGCUGGAGAGAAGGGCUGAAUUUGACCAGGUCAAGCAGUGGAGAACGGAACCGCAAUUCUCUCUUUAGCGAGCUGAAUUCUGGCAAUCCGUACGGCCUGGGUGAAGGGCUAGGUGAUUGGCCCCUGGGAGGGAACAGCCCCUUUCCGGGCUUCCCAAACAUGCCGGGCAUGCCUGGGAUGCCCGGCAUGCCGGGGAUGCCUGGGAUGCCGGUGCCCGGCCAGGGCGCCCAGGCAGACCGUGCAGGCGAAACAGCCAGCUCAGUCAAGAGUCAGGGACAAGGAGAAGCUAGUGAAGGGCAGUCGGGCAGCGCCGACCCCGACAAGCAGUGACGACAGCGCCAUCGAUGGAC